GGAGGCAAAGCGUUGCAAUCUUCACCACUCGGCCCCAGAAAAUGAUGACCGAGAUAGAGAAACUUGUGCCGGAUGAGCGUUUGGAGCGAGCAAGGCUUCGCAUCAUGAAUGCCGCAUUAUACAAGUGGAGGGAAAACGACGGCAUUUUUGAUGUCGUGAUCCAUGUCGAUCCGCCACCGAACCCUUCGGAGUACUUUUCGCGGCUUGGAUCGUGCAAACAGCUUGCCAUCGUGUUCAUGGACGUCACCAAGUACCGGUACGGUGUUGAGGGGGAGAGAGGUGUUGAGAGGCUUGAGAAUGAGUGGGUGGAAUUUGCCUUCUACGCCAUGGAUCCUGCCACGGGUGAAGAUGCACACCGACUACGGCAGUUGUGCAGGGGUGAACACUACGAGAAGACGCGACUGUCGCUGUCCUUCCAGAAGGAUUUCCACGCAGAGGAUGAUAAAGAGUUGAUUUGGACAGCAGGUGUUGCAGAGACAGACACUGGAUUGAUCUUCGACGCCGGCUUUCGCACAGCCCUGGGACUAACCUUCAGUGCUUCAAAGGUUUCAGGUGUCCUCGAUCCCUUUGGGCCAGAGAAUCGGCAAGAUCUUGCAGAGCUUGCAAGCUUUGCUGAUACCCUGUUGGUUGAACACUUUGCAUCCGUGGACAUCGGCAAUUUUGUGGCCGUGCUAUCCGAACCGGGUCUGACUCGAAACAAACAGCGAGCGCAGGACUGUGUUUAUGGAGUGGUGUCCGCGCUCUACAUCCGAGGGCAAGAGCUUCUGACCCAGGGUGAUAUCAGUGCCGCUGCAGCGGAUUGGGAGAUGGCUCUGCAGUUUCUGGGGAAAGAAUUGGGGCUGGACUUCAUGGAGUCCACAGAGUGGCCGCGAUCCGCCAACAUUUUGUUAUCCUUGGCCAAGCUACAGGGAUCACCAGUGACAGAUGUGACAGCAUCACCAAUGUCUCCAUUCCAACGAGAUCAACGAGCUGGUCGUCAAGGUCCACCUGCAGUCGACACCCUGAAAGCUUGGAAGGAGGUGAAGCACCCGCCAUUGGAGCAGUCGUCAGUAAAGCUACAGGAACGAAAGCCCGAGGUGGUCGUUUAUGGUUACCAUCCUGUCCUGAUUGAGCCCGUUUCCGCCCUUUGGUCGUUGCAGGCCCUUCGCCUCCAUUGGAUUGGCGUGAGCGACAGAGACUGCGCUUUCUUCAAGCUUUGCCACAAGAGGAGCCCCCAGAGGCCAGUGCCAGCAAGGUUGAGAUACAAAAUCUACAUGUCCGACAAAGACGUUGCAGAGGUGGAACACGCAUACCGAGAUUUCUGGGACGCUGAAAUUCGAUCGGGCUUGUUGGCAGAUUUGCUGAUUUGUAUGGAGCUGCGCGAUGCCUAUUUUUUGUGGAAGGUCUCUAGAUCCAUGCAUCACACUGUUGCAACUAUCUAUUAUCCAGGCAUUAUUUUCAUGCAGGACGAGGCUAUGAGUGACUACGCAUCCAAGGUGCUGCUGGACCAAUUUCAGGAACUCAGCAGUCACGACGUGCUGCGACAGGGAGGGCUUCACCGUACAAGUGGUACAGUUGCCAUGAUUGCCCAAUCACCAUACCUCGCUGCCAGCAUCGAAUACCACACGGGGCGGCAAAUCGCGACCGUGCGGCCAUUGGCAAAUUAUUUGGAUGUCAAGUACCGCCCCAACAGCUCCACCAUCCUGGUGCUUUGUGCCAGGACGCGCCUCAUGAUGUCCCACAGUUGCCGUGGUCUUUUUCGUGAGGGCCAGCAUCGUUUGCAGAGAGGCUUGCAUCUGCGCUUGCCACCUGGUGACCGAGAUGUGGUGCAUGGCUACUCUUUUGAAGAGGUCGCUCGGUUCAGUGCAACGGUGCUAAUUCCAUGGAACAUUGCUGUGACCACGUUCCAUGAACUCUACGCCAUGAACAUGCCGUUGUUUGUUCCAGAUCGCUUGUGGCUUGCCAGGCUUUGGCCAAAGCAAAUGACCAGUUAUGGCCGGAGCCAUCCCAAUUUGCACCAACAGCUCCGACCCAGGCCAAGUGGUUCCAGUCGUCCAAGUCAUCCAACUCCAUAUCCGUCCUUGGAUCAUGUGGCUCAGGACUUUCCCACCAUGCUCUACUGGGCCGGCUACGCCUUCCUUGAGAUGCCUGGGGUCCAGGUUUUUGCAUCGAUUCCCCAGCUGCUGUGGUCCCUGAACAGCGGGGCUUAUAACUUGGAGAAGAUGUCGCAAGAGAUGAAGGAAGAGACCAGCAAGGCGGCCCAGGAGGUCAUACCUUUCUGGGCCGCACUGAUGGAAGAACUGACCGAUACAGUGGAGCAAAGUGGAAAAGUCAGAGGAUCGACGGAUCGAUGGAGCGACUAUGAGCGACUGGAUUGUUUGAGUUGUUGA